UGGCCAUCCUACCUCCCCAGUUUAUCCCGAAGAUUUCUUGAGGAUUGUUCGCGCCGUCGCUCUGCUUCGAAUCUAUCGUUGGUCCGAGAUUUCCGUCGAAAAGAUCCGUGAGCUUAAAGAUCGAAUCGCUCGAAGUACGUUCUCUCGCACCUCUAGACUGUGCUCUUUUAGUCGCAAGUUUUAUCUGUCGCGUCCUGACCCUUCUGCCUUAUGUUUUCAGGAGAGUGGAGAUCCGAUCUUCCGACCGUUCUUCCCAUUCGCGCUAAGCGACUGGACAUCUUCCCGAGAGACAUCCAAAAACAAAUUACCGAGGCGAAGAAGAUGGGUACUUUUCCUGAUUUGAGCGCAAUAAUAGCGGCCCAGCUGGGGCUGACUAGCGGGGAAGGACCCUCAACGGCGGUUCCUCGUUCUGACGAGGUUUUCCCUUCCGAUGCCAGAAGUGCGGGGAAGGGAAAGAAAAGGAAAAGAGGCGAUGGUUCGGGAGCCGGGAGGAGUACUGAGGAGACGAGUGAUGUCCCUCCUUCCAGUGAGCCCCGGAAGAAGAGCAAGAAGAAAAGGACAAAGAAGAAAUCCGCCGGCGAGCAGUUGGAAGAUGCUGACGAGCAGAUCGAGCAAGAGGAAGAGGAUGCUCGAGGAGAAGAAAUUCAGCCCAAAGAGGGGGGUUCUGAGGACGAAGCCUCGGAGGGACGGAAUGACGAGGAAGGAGUAAGUGAAGGAGGGGAACGCGAGACUUCUCUUAAUGCCGCCUGCUCGGGUGAUUCCGAGGAAGAUAGCGAAGGGUCGCCACUCCUGAUAAGGAGGGGAAAUGACGAAGACGAUGAUGAGAGGCGGUCUCCUGUUCUGACGUUUCCUCGCGAGAGAACUCCAGUUCCCGUCGGAGGAGGGGCCGUCCAGAUCGGUACUUCUUCCCGUGGCUCCGCUAUCCUAAGGAGGGCUCCCGGAUUCAGCUUUCCUGAUAAGGUCGACUUCCACUAUGAGGGACCGGCUCCCUUAGUGUACGUUCCAGAGAAAUGUGGGGAGUUUCUCUGUCAACUAAGAGGGAGGGCGAAACCUCUUCCUUCUGUGAAGGACCUUAUCAUCGGGGGUGAAUACGAAGAAGCUGCAAGGGCCAAACUGCUGGGUGAUAGCACGAUGAAUGUCGUGAUUGAUAAAUACGACACGGCCCUUAAACGAGCCUUGGAGGAGCUCGAGCUGGCCAAGAAAGAGUUUGCUGAGAAGGAAGAGGUUUCUGCUCGUCAACUGAACGAGUCAAGGGCCAAUCUGCAGAAGCUCGACGGGGUGAUGGCCCGCACCGUUGCUCGACGCGAUGAGUUUAAAGCCGCGCUGGAGUCGUCUCGAAGAACCAUUCGCGAGCUUGAACAGAAGAAUGCUGACCUCGAGAGCGAGAGGGCUUCGCUCGCUGCCACGCACGAGCGAGAGAUGAAACGUCUGAGAGACUCCAGAAUCUUGGAGGUGACGAGAGAAAGGGGGAGAGUUGAGGCGGAAAUGACCGCCAAGGCUAGUCGUUGCUUCGCCAGGAUUCGUUCUCGAGAGGAGCGUCGGGGUCCUUACGACGAGGCUCGGUUACUUUACAGCCAAGCCUUUGGGACUAGGAAGUGCCUCGAGGCCUUGAAAGGAGCCGGGAACGACAUACCGCAAGCCUCUAUUGAUAUGUUCGUCGAGUACGAGAGGAAAUACGAACAAGAGGCUGAGCAGCUGAAGGUUGGUGAGAUCCCUGAAAGCGAUUUUAGACUCUCUCCUCUCGUGUUGGAGUCUCAGUUUGUGGAUGCUCGGAUUCUGGCGGGUCUCGAUCCGUAUGGUUCCAACGCUGGCUUAAUUGACCCGGAGACCGCGGCAAAUCUGCAUGUCUCGUGUACUCGUCCGGUCGAAGAAAGGCGCGAGGAACCGACGCUUCUUAUCGAAAACCCUUCGACUGUUCUUGAGGAAGGGGUGCCUGGUCGAGGAGCCCGAGUCGAUGGAAAUAACGUUCCUGUCCUCGUGCUUUCGGACACUUCAAUCGAGGGUCGCGAUUCGCCGCCUCCAGAAGAGUCUCGUCGGGAUGGCGAGGAAAACACUGGCGAGGUGUCGGAGGAUGAUGCGGUGCAAGUCUCUCCGAUUGCCCGCGAAUCGAGCGUCAGGGCUUCGGAGCUUUCCGCCCUUAAUGAUCGCGAGAGUGAUCAGGAAGCUUAGUUUUCCUUGUUUGUUGUUUUCUUUUGAGUCUCGGAGGACUUAUGUUGUUGCCUUUUAGACUUUUGCCUUUCGAGGCUUUUACUUUGUUGUUCCUCUGUUACAACUCUUCGAAUCGUAUUAUCUGUUUGUCUUUUAUUGUACUUAUCUAUCAAAUGCAUGAUUUAUCAAGAUUUGAAGUGACUGUUUGUUUAGUAUAAACAUUAUUCGAGAUA